UAGGUGGUGGCAGUCUUACCACUGUGUGUAAAUCUUGUAAAUACACGGAAACUCUAGUGAUCUGGUGUUUACAUAUCUCUACUAAUUUUUACUGAAUUAAACAUCACUAAACAGAACCAGAGAGAGAGAGAAGAGAAUAACGUUGGGCAGCAUGGUUCGUCAGCUGGAUGAUCUUCUCACCCACCUGGGAACUGGUAGAUGGUCUGUUCUGCACUUCAUCGUACUGAGCUUUUGUUCCGUCUUUUUGGCCCCACAAGCCCUUGGCGGUGCUUUCCUGGCUCCGCGACUUGAGUACUCUUGUCGUUUGAACAACUCGAAUAAUGUGGCCUCCGUCAAGUUGUCUUCAUUGCUGUCAGAGACAAAUUCUUCAUCCUUCGUCACAUCAAGGAAUGAAUGUCAGUACACAAUUGACACACCAGAGGGCAAGAUAAUAGAAGAAUGCACUGAGUUCCAUUUCGAUAACUCUACUUUCUCCUCCACCUUUACAUCCGAGUAUCAAUUAGGUUGUGACAGAAGCUAUCUGCAGACCUCCUUCCAAAGUAUGUACAUGCUUGGGUACUUCGUGGCAUCACCCGUCAGCGGCUAUUUGUCAGACAAGUAA